AACCCGGGGAAAAUGUAGGUCACACAGAACUCGAAAAAUACGCAAAGCGGUUUGGCCAGAGUUAGCGUUUUUGGCCGAUGCUGUACAAGAUUCAUUCGGUGAUCGAGACGAGUACCGUUAGGACAUGGGAUCCCCUGCAAAAGGUUGGCGAUGUUCGGUGAAAGAAAUUUCGUACGUGUGACAUAAGUGUAACACGAUGAAAGACGAAGGUGGAGGGCAUAGAGUGGCCAGCCAGCCCCUUCUCGUGAACCGUUCUCUCAGGCGGACAGAGCAUACGAUAGUGUUUUGCUGAGGGUGGUGACCGAUCUUAAGGAAACUGCUACAUGGUGCUGAAAGAUUGUUUCAAUUUUCGACGGUUAAAGUCCAUCCUGCGUGUGCUCGGAAUCCGUCCACCAUCAGUCACGAACCGUUCAACAGAGCGAUCGGCUUAGUAACACCCGAGAAUCAAAAUGACAAGCCCAACAUUGAAUGGCUGCUCUGUAUAUCGCCAGCCAAUCGAAUUUGCCGAUCAGCUGCCCUGUGUGUUUGUGCGUGGGUGAUUUCCUGAGGAAACAUCGAAAACGUUCAAAGUUGACUCUCACACUCACAGCCGAAAAAGUAUCUGACGGAAUCCUUACAUAAUCGUGCACUUGUUGCACCAGCCAAGAGGCCAUAACGGUACUUACUUGCAUGCUGCACCGAAAGGGCCACGGUGCACCCGUGGAACCUGGGCGGAAAACUGUUCGAACUCGGUGCUAAAGUUAGUGUUCAAGCGUCAGGGCAGAAAAAGAACUGACAUUGUAAUGAGCACAUCCCGCGUGCAAGUAACGUGCUGUUUGAAGGUGGAAUAAAAGUUAAAUAUUUGUCCAUUUGCAUCGAGUUCAUCUCAAAUUUACCGAUGGAUUUUCUGCUCGGUGGCUGCGCGGCAACGUGCGCCGGCAUCUUCAGCAAUCCGUUUGACGUGAUUAAAACCCGCCAACAGCUCCAUGGCGAGUUAAUGACCAAGGUAACGACGUCGUCCGAUGGCCACGUUGGAACCAGUAGUCAACCGCGCAAUCCGUACCGGUCGGUGUUCAAGUCCUUUCGGACGAUCCUCAAAUCAGAAGGAAUUCUCGGGCUUCAGAAAGGCCUCGUCUCGGCGCUUGCUUUUCAGUUCACGAUGAACAGUGUCCGGCUCGGAAUCUAUCAAACGGCGGAAAACUACGAGUGGACGCGCGGUGACACCAAGGCUGGUACAGUGUUCUACUCGAUCUUGUGGGGCGGUUUCAGUGGGGUGAUAGGUUCGACGAUCGCCUGCCCACUGUACAUGAUCAAGACCCAGAUCCAGGCGCGAUCGCACGGCAAGUACGCGGUCGGCUACCAGCAUCGGCACACCAGCACGCUGGCCGCCCUCAGCGGUAUCUACCAGAGCCAGGGUGUGCGUGGGCUGUGGCGUGGCUAUCACGGCAUCGCUACCCGGACCGCCAUCGGUUCGUCCGCCCAGCUGGGCACUUUCUCCACCUUCAAGGACUUCUUCGUGCAAUUCGAGUUCUUCCGUGAUUCGGUGGCUUUUACGGCGUUCGCGGCUAGCAUGAUAAGUGGAUUUUUCACGUGCGUGUUCAUGUCCCCGUUUGACGUGAUUGCGACGCGCCUUUUCAAUCAAGGGGUUGAUGCAAACGGGAAAGGACUGAUGUACCGGAGCGUGGUUGAUUGCUUCAUGAAAACGCUUCGUGCCGAAGGUCUGCACGGACUGUACAAGGGGUUUGUGCCGAACUACUGGCGCAUCGCUCCGCACACGAUCCUCAACCUGACAUUCUGGGAUCAGUUUAAGGCUUGGCGGGACCUAUACUUCGGAUGAGGACUGUGGGCGGCAUCCGCAGUGAUUACUAUUUGGCUUUGUACAGAUAAUUUCCGCUCUACAGAGAUUUGCAUAGACCAGUGACGCCUUUCCCACGAAGGGAGCCGAUUUUUAACUAGGAAAAUAAACGAAAAA